AUGGCUCCCCGCACCCACACUGCAGUCGUCACUGUCGGGCCCCGGAAGCCCCUAGAGGUCCAGCAGCGCCCUACAGUGACUCCCGAGGGCGAUGAAAUACUAGUCCGUUCUAGAUUCACUGCCUCGACACCUCUGGAUCUGCACAGAGCCGACGGCGGGCUAUUGGUAGAACCGCCGCAGGUGCUGGGUGCCGUCACCGUCGGUGUAGUUGAAGAUGUCGGCCCCGAAGCCAAGCUCUUCAAACCUGGCGACGAGAUCUUUGGAUGGGCCCACGACGGUAAUGUGCGUGCGGCCCAGCAAGAGUACGUCACUGUUCCGGAAUGGAAGUUUGCCAAGAUACCCAAUGGAUUCACCAUGGAGCAGGUAGCCACUAUUCCAGAGAACUUUGUCACCGUCUUCAACACCAUGGCUACUGACCUUGAUCUUCCGACGCCUUUCCCAAAGCCCGCGGAUUAUGUGCCAGAACGGGCAGAAGAACCCAUUCUCAUUUGGGGAGCCGCCUCAUCGGUCGGUCAACAGGCUAUUCAGGUGCUGAAAUACUACGGCUAUCGCAAUCUGAUUGCCACUGCGUCGCCGGCACACCAUGACUAUCUGAGACAACUUGGCGCGACAGAAGCAAUCGACUACCGGGACCCGGAUGUAGCUGAGCGUCUUUUGAGCGUGGGCAAGAAAGUCCGCGGAGACACACAACCCGUGAUUCCCAUGGUGAUUGAUUGCAUCGGCUCACAGGAGGGAAGUCUAAACUCCAUCGCAAAGGUUGCGCAAAGGGGUACCAGGGUCGCCGUCAUGCUACCCGUCAUUUUGAAACAUGCAUCCAACGAGCAGAUCCCCGAGUACAGCAUGGAAGUCCAGGCAGCUGCGCCCUGGGCCGAGGGCGUGGAACCCAGAGGGGUACGAACACAUUUUGUUUACAAUAAUGCCUUCUUCAAGGAGAAUCUGGCAUCUAAAAUCAUGCCGGCAUUCAUUGCAGAAGGUAUUGUCGUCCCGCAGCGCUAUCGCGUGGUCGAGGGCAAGGCAAUCCUUGACCGGGCCACCAAUGCACUUAAUGCGCUCAGAGACGGUGUUAGUCGCGAGAAGCUGGUUUGGAGAACUAGCGAACACUAA